AGCUAGCUCUCAUCACCGGGGAGACAGCUCGCUCGCUCAGGAGGGAAGCAAAAGAAGAGAGGAGAUUAAUUAAUUAAGAGGAGAUAGAUAACCCUCUCGAUCGAGUUAGACAGAUAGCAGACGAAGUGAUUGUCUCUGGAAAGAGUAGUAUUAAUGGAAGGGCAGCAGUUUGCUUGGGGGAGGGAGGAAGGAGGGUGGAGGAAAGGGCCAUGGACAGCGCAGGAAGACAAGCUGCUGGUCGAGUACGUGAGGCAGCACGGCGAAGGGAGGUGGAAUUCUGUCGCCAAAAUCACAGGUCUGAAGAGAAGUGGCAAGAGCUGCAGGCUUCGUUGGGUGAACUAUCUGAGACCUGACCUCAAGAGAGGCAAGAUCACACCGCAGGAGGAGAGCGUCAUCCUUGAGCUGCACGCCCUGUGGGGAAACAGAUGGUCAACGAUCGCGCGUAGCCUGCCCGGUAGGACGGACAACGAGAUCAAGAACUACUGGAGGACGCACUUCAAGAAGGGCAAGCCGUCCAAGAACAUCGAGCGGGCGAGGGCUCGUUUCCUGAAGCAGCGCCGCGAGAUGCAGCAGCAGAAGCAGAAGAUGCUCGGCCAAGACGACGACGCCGCCAGCGCGGUGGAGGACAACCGUAGUGCGGAGGCCGCGCCACCAGCCGCCUCGCUAGCGCACGACGACGUCGACGGUCUGCAGAUAAUGCAGGAGAUGCCGGACAUGGACGACCUGCUGUACUACCACCCCGCCGCAGACAUGUCGUCGCCCUACUCCUACGACGACCUCCUCGGCGGCGGCGGCGGCGCCGCCACCAUCAGCGCUGGUGGCGCCGCCGCCUCGACGAGCGACGUCGGGUCCAGCGAGGAGCUCGACGGCGGCGCCGCCACGUGGGGCAGCCUGUGGAACCUCGACGACGUGGUGCAUGACGUGAUGAUCGACGGCGGCGCCGGCUGCUGGGGCAGCUUCCCUCCGCUGCAGGACCAAGGCCUCGGUUACUACUAGCCAUAGCUAGCUCGCUAGCUUAACAAUCAUAUUGCCAGCUAGCUAGCUAGCUACAAGUAGAUUUUUUCCCCCUCCUUUUGGUCGAUCUUGUGGAUCGAUCGAUCCUACUGCAAGCACAGAGGCCUGUGCGUGUGGAGGAGGGCACACGCAGUGACUGUGCAGGUGAGAGCGAGAGUCCAUUUUGUGUACAUGAGGUGUUGGUGGAUAAGGAUGCAACACCAACUAUACUCCACUUUGAGUAGCUAGCUUGCCUCGAUGGCAUGUUUGGCUCAUUUGAGAGCGCUUUUUUCUCGGAUGAAAGGGAAGGGGAGAGUUUUUUUUUCUUUGUUUUGCUUUUGGGAAAAAGGGAUAUAUAGGAGGACUGCAGAAAAAACAAACAGGUGUUAAAAGCACAUCUGAGCUCUUGUAAUCUGACAAACUGUGUAUUCUAAGGACCGUUAAUGAAAAUUCAUCCAUAA